AUGGCUUCCAGCAAUUUCCUAGGGACGGGUCCUCCAAUGUUUACAGGAGAAAAUUAUCACAUAUGGGUGAUAAAGAUGAAGGCAUACCUCAAGGCUUUAAAUUUGUGGGAUGCAGUGGAAGUAGGAGCAGAUCCUCUGCCUUUGCUGCCUAAUCCAACAAUGGCUCAGAUUAAGAAUCAUGAAGAACAGAAAGCUAAACAACCAAAGGCUCUCACAUGCAUUCAUUCAGCACUGUCAGAUGUUAUCUUCACCAGAAUAAUGACUUGUGAAAGUCCUAAGGAAGCAUGGGAAAAGCUAAGAUCAGAAUUUGAAGGAAGUGACAGGGUAAGGGCUGUUAAACUCCUAACUUUAAAACGUGAAUUUGAAAUGCUAAGGAUGAAAGAAGGUGAAACGGUGAAAGAUUAUUCUGCUAAGCUCAUGGAGCUUGUAAAUAAGAUAAGGCUGUUUGGAGAGACUUAUGAAGAUAGUAAGGUGGUAGAAAAAAUUCUAAUCAGUUUGCCAGCAAGAUUUGAGUCCAAGAUUUCAGCCAUUGAGGAAUCUUGUGAUCUCAAGACUUUAACAAUUGCUGAGUUGAUUAGUAAACUGUAA